AAUCUAUUGCACUGGUCUGCUGGAUGGGUGGACUGGAACCUGGCACUGAACAUGGAGGGAGGACCAAACUGGGUCAAGAAUUUUGUUGAUUCGCCGAUUAUUGUUGACGCUGAGAAUGGACAAUUCUAUAAACAGGUGAGUUUGAAAUGUUUUGGUUGCGGUUUAGAGUAAGUAAUCUUUAAAAGGAGACGGGACUAGACUAUUAAAAGCUGCAUCGAACACGGUUAUCACAUGGCACCAGCAAUGGGUCUGGCCCUUUUUUUCUUUUUUUAAUACCCAUUAAAGGGAACCCUAAAUUUGUCCGAAAUGAGAAGAAAAUGCCAGAAGUUAUGAACCUGGGAGUAGUCUUUUAUGAAUUGGCUACCUUUUUGAAAUAUUUAGGAAUCCAAAUGGACCAAGGCCAGGAAAAAAGGUACAAACCAUGUAACCCUUUUUUCUUCACUUAAUACCAGACACUUAGUGACUGGUCCUUCGAAGUUAAUUAAACCUCGCUGUAACAGCGGUCGUCGAUCAGUCGCAGGUUACAGUGCACUGUUGCCCUGUGACGUCAUUGAUUUUGCAAUGUUGCCCGCUUAGAGAUUUUGGAGGGAAACAGUUUCAUUGUUAGAUGUCAUGUGACCUCGAUGUAACCAAUGAGAGCUUUCGCUGCUGGGAAAAAAAUUCCAGCUAUAUAACAACACUUCUUGGUAACCUUCACUGUUUUCCAUAGUUUAGCUCAGAAAGUGACGCAGUAUCCGUACAUAUAUUAAUUGAUUUAAUUGGAUUUUGACGUUUCUUACAGCCCAUGUAUUAUCACCUCGGUCAUUUUAGCAAAUUUGUGCAUCCAGGAUCACGGAGAAUUGGAGUGACAUCUUCAUCACAAACAUCACUGGAGUUUAUUGGAUUUGUGACACCGCAGUUAAACACAGUCCUGGUGAUUCUGAACACUGAAGCAAAAAAUGUGACUUUCCAUAUCAUCAAUAAGAAAGCAGGAAUCGUAACGGAAACCAUACCCUCAUAUUCCAUUCAAACUUACAUUUGGUAA